AUGAUGGAGCCGAAUCGUGAGCUUCCCCCCGUCCCUGUAUCGUGUUGUUUUUCCACGCGAAAGGAAACCGACCGCCGACAUCACAUCGCAAAAACAAACAUCACCAACGACGACGACGGCGCCAUCGCGCACAAAUACACGCUCACCAGCGAAGGAUCCAACCAGCCAACCAUCAUCGAGCAGCCACGGUUUGGCCUCGGAAAACACGUCAGCCAGGCAUCACUGCUGAUGCUGCAGUCCGAUCAAAGUGCUAACAGUGUUUUUACAGAUCUACGAACAACGAUCAGUCCAACAUGGAAGAAGCGAACUGCCCAACUUCAACAUCACAAGAACCAGUAUCAACCGAUCAAGAACCGAUGCACCCAAAGGAAAAAUAUAUCUCAAAAUCUGCAACAGUGGAUUUGCUGCAGAAAAUGUCACAUCGAGCGGCACUACGCGAGCGAGGACCACACGUGCGCGGUUUGCGACCGGGAGUUUGGCUCGCUCGAGGAGCUGAAGGCGCACGUGUACGAGGGUCAUGAGGAGGGCAAUCGGCGGGCAGUUGGGAAGAUCAACGUUGUGCAAGGGUUUGUCAAGAAGUUGCACGAGUGCAAGUUUUGCGACAAGACUUUCCCCAAGAAGAGCCUGCUGGAAAGGCACUAUUUGGUGCACACGAAGCAGAAGCCGUUCAAGUGCGAAAUCUGCUCCAAAUGCUUCAACCAAAAGUCCACCCUCAAAACGCACAUCCUCACCCACAACGGCGUCCAGGACUUCCGGUGUUUGCUGUGCGGACUGAAGUUUUCCCAGAAAAUCAACCUGCGCGUUCACACAUUUCGGAUGCAUCCCAAACGGACCGCAUCCGUGGCCGAUCGCCUGCCGUGUCCGUACUGUCCGUGUCUGUUCAAGAAGUUGGGCAGUCUGAACGCGCACAAGACGAAGGUGCACGCGGCUCUGCUGCCGGAUCCGACGACGGUUGAGGAACCUCCGGUUAAAAGUGUUCCGGAAGUAGUUCAAGUUUUUGAAGAUCUCGUGAAAAUGUCUAAGAAUGUUGUCGCUUGUGACAGCUUGGAACCGGAAGUGGUUCAACCUAUAAUAGCAUGUCGAACCCAGCACCAUCUAGAGGGUAAAUCCGAAGACCGCCAGCAUGCUUGCACAAUUUGUCCGGCUGCCUUCAAGAAGUCAAGCCAUCUAACGCAGCACACCCGAUCGCAUUACGGAAUCAAAAGCUAUCGUUGUGAGAUUUGCGACAAAACUUUCACCACAAAUCGCUCGCUCAAAAUUCACCGAAUCAGCCACAGUUCAACCGUUCCGGACUUCCGGUGUGACCAAUGUCCGGCGAGUUUCAAUCUGCAAUCCAGCUUACGACGACACACCGCCAUUCACGACAACCCCGAUCGCAGCUACAGCUGUCCAAUCUGCAAGCGGAUCUUCAAGUGGUUACAAAACUGCAAGGCUCACAUCCGGACAAGUCACGGCAAGGAAGGCGCACCUGUAUCGCUUAUUACGGCGGAGCAAUCAACGAAGCUGGAAGCAACUCAAGAACCACACGACGCAACGCUGCUCGAUUUGAAAAACCUCCCGCCGAACGUCCAAAUCUACGACAUCAACAGCCUGACCAACUGUCUGGUGCGCAUCGAUGACCAAUUCUACGAACUUCCGGUGCAGAUCGACACGGAUCAGCUAACGCAAGACCAGCACAUUGUCGAAAUCGUCCAAGAAGUCUCUACCGAGCAGAUGUACAUCCUCCCCGAGAGCGAAAUAAUCCAAGAGGAAGUGCUCGACCAAUCCGACACCCCAGAACCACCGGCGGAACCAAAACCCAAAGCAAAAGACAAAAAACUCCCCAACGUUACCGAGCAGGACCUCUUCUCGGAAGGUCUCGUCAACGGCAAAAAGUGCUACUCCUGCAAGGCGUGCCAAAAGCCCUUCAAGAAGCCGGUCGACCUCCGCAGACACAUCCGCACCCACACCGGGGAUCGCCCCUUCAAGUGUGAUCGCUGCCCAAAGUCCUUCACCCUGAAGGCGGUCCUCCAAGCACACCGGAAAACGCACGAAGAACGUCGCGAGGUACUGUUCUGUUCGGAGCCGCAAUGCGAGGCCAAGUUUUCCAGCAAAGCGGCCCUCGAGAUGCACCGCCGGAUUCACACCGGGCAGCGGCCGUUCCGCUGUACGGUUUGUACGCUCACGUUCCGCACCUCCGGCCACAUGCAGGCGCACAUGGUCUCCCACGAGCGGUUGGCCGCGAAGCGGGAGCAGAACCUGCUGCAGUUUGGAACGUAGGGAAAUAAAAUGUGUUUAGUU